AUGCCUGAUAUACAGGGCAUCCAUACAUUAUUGCCCUUAGAAGAAACCUGCGACAUCAAGCCCUUGCCUUAUUUCCUGUUCACGGAAAAGCUUAAGUUCAGCGACGCUUCCAGCCUGUGUCGGGCCUUCGGGGGGGAGUUAGCCACACCCAUGAGUCCAGAGGAACAGGAGGUUAUCUUUCACCUGGCGUCGGAGAACGGUAAUGAGUGUACCAUGGACGGCGGUGCCCUUAUGUGGCUGGGUAUCGGGGACGAAGAUGAGGAGGGCGUUUGGAAGACUGACAAGGAUAAGACAGAAAUCACCUACUUUAACUGGGCCCCAAGACAGCCAAAUGGAGAUACAGUUGAAAACUGCGCUGUGAUGGAGGGCAACAUAUUCCAGAUAAAGUCUGCGCUGUUCACUACACAUUUUUGCACUUUAGUUUAUCAUUUAGAACACUAUGACGCAAAUGGUAUUGAUAACACAAUUUGGGAUGUCCUUUUUAUCAGUUUAAGAAUGAUAAGAGGCCCGAGUCACAAUCUCUACACGGGUUUUUCUCACUGGGUCCAAGAUAUCAUUCCUCGUUUGUUCCAGGGACGAUGGUCUGAUCAGCCUUGCAGGAAGAGCUUCAAGGAAUGCCCCAUGUGCACCUUGGCUAUGCCCGUCUUCCUUCGCGGCACAGAUGAUGAAGAGCUGCAGCCUCUCCGCAGGUUCAGGGGAAUCUGCGACGCCAACCUGUACGACGACAGGUUCAUCCUCGCGGGGAAGAGGAACAACAAGCCAUACUUCAGGGGAUAUUAUCGCUCGCAGCUCUAUUACUCCGCCGACGGGAGCUGGAGACUCGAGAACAUUAUGGCACAGACCAUCUGGGUGCCCACAGUCGACUUCCUGAACGCCGAGAACAACCAGCACACGAGCGUGGAUCAGGACUGUAAAAUCACCAUCAAGAGACUCGGAAAUCCUUUGCCAGACGACAUCGAGCAUUCUAAGGAAGCGCGAAUUUACGAAGGCAGUGAGAACUACAUCCGCAUCAGUCGAAAAUACACCGUCACCUUCCGUUGCGAAUUCAACUUCUUCUAUUUCCCCUUCAACACGGACUACUGCAACAUGGAAUUCAGAAUCAACAAGAACACUAAAAACUAUGUCUCGCUUGAGAAAUAUGGCGCCGGUAUCCAUUAUAAGGUAAUAUUCAUUAACACUACGAACGCGUUAGACGAGGAUUCAAAAUGGUCAGAAGUAGCCUAUUUUCCAACCUAUAUGCAUCUCUUCCAACAGCUGGUCACGAUCUUCGUCCCGACGACGCUCAUUAACCUGAUUUCCUUCGCCACGUUCUGCUUCAAGUGGUUCGACUUCCAGAACCGCAUUAUAGUCUCCCUCACGGCCUUGCUCGUCCUCAGUACCCUCUUCGGCCAGAUCCGGAACACUCCCUCGACCUCGUACUUCAAGCUGAUCGACAUCUGGUUCUUCGGCUCCAUCCUCUUCUCCUUCGUGAUCAUCAUCAUCCACACGCUUGUGGAGUUCUACCAUCACUAUCCUUCUCCGAACCACACCUCUGGAUCUCCCCCGCAGUCACUGCAAUUGUUCCGGAGGGCCAAUUCUGUAAAGGAGCCUCCUCAUCCUUACAAGAGAGCGUUGUUGAUUAACCGUUGGGGCUGCCUGAUUACCACUGGCUUAUAUGUAAUCUUCUUCCUCGCUUUCUGGGCAAUCGCUUUCUCGCAGAAGGUUUCGGAGAAGGCAAAAAAAAUUGCGGACAUGGAGGGAGAUAUAACAGUGAUUGGUUAUCCAGAUUAGGAAAAUAACAGGAACGAGUAAAAUGGAGCUCAAGUAAUAAAAACGUUGAAAAAAUAUAUUUUCGGCCGCGGCGAAUAGUGUUUCUCCGGACAUGUAUUUCUCACCCUAAAAACGUACAUUGUACGCUAUUUCUCCUUGCACCUUUUAAUUGUAUGUAGUUUAUAUCAGUCAAAGUAGCCGCACUUUCCUCGGUGUUAGUAAGAAGCUGACUUUCACAUGAGAUAAGAGAAGUUCAUAGAAACUCAAAAUGCCAUGCUACUCUUCAUAUAAUAAUUUCUCAAAUAAACUUCUUUUAUGUAUAUUGCAGGUGUUGAGUCACGGUCAAAAAUGCUUUUCACGAAUAAAUGCACAAUGAAGUUUGAU